AUGGCGGAGAUGGUUAACAACCCUGAUAUCCUCGAGAGGUUAAGAGAGGAGAUCGAUGCGGUUGUUGGGAAAACAAGAUUGAUUCAAGAAAAGGAUCUACCAAACCUGCCUUUCUUGCAAGCGCUGGUUAAGGAAGGGCUGAGGUUGCACCCACCAGCGGCUCUCUUGGUUAGGACGUGCCAAGAGAGUUGUGAGAUCAAAGGGCUCUACAUACCAGAGAAGACAACACUCGUGGUUAAUGCCUAUCAUGCGAUGAGAGACCCUGAUUAUUGGGAACAUCCUGAUGAGUUUAGACCAGAGAGGUUUCUAGAUUCUUUGAGGUCAGAGCAAGAAGAGGAGAUGAGAGAGAAAGCACUCAAGUACCUUCCUUUUGGGAGCGGAAGGAGAGGCUGUCUUGGAGAGAAUCUUGCUUAUAUCUUUCUAGGAACAGCCAUUGGAAUGAUGGUGCAGGGAUUUGACUGGAGAAUUAAAGAAAAGAAAGUUGACAUGGAAGAGGCUGUUUUAGGAAUGGUCUUGGCCAUGGCUCAUCCCCUUGUGUGCACUCCUGUUGUUCGAACCUUAAACCCUUUACACUUUUAA